AUGGAGGGCCACCGAAGAUUCCACAUGCAGGAUAAUUACGACAUGAGCAUGAACAGGAACUGUGAGCCCAAUGGAAGUUAUUUCGAGGGUAUGGGGGGGAUGCAGAACGGGUUGUACUACAACACUUAUGAGGACGAUCAGAGGGGAAAUUUCUCCAUGGGAAGAGAAGGAAAUGUUUACAUGGGAAAUAAGAGGGGGAUGAUGGGGGAUGGUGGUCUGCAAGGAGGGAGAGGCAUGCAGAGUGAUAGCACCUCACCUGACGUAAUUUACAAUAGGAAUUUUAAUAUAAAUAGCAGUCAAAAUUAUAAUACAGGAGGUUACCACCCAUCCUAUAACAGCGACUACAGUGGAAUGAACUAUCAAAUGAUGAAUACCAGUGGAAGUGCUAACUACGCCGGGAGUAUGAUGAAUAUGUCUUCACCUAAUCCAUACCCAAAUGAUGAAUACGUGCUGAAUAGGAAAGCUGCGAAAAUACUUUACAUACAUAAUAUAACGAGCAGGUUAGCGGACGAGAAUUUUAUAUAUAGUCUUUGUUCUGUGUAUGGAAAUGUAGAAUCUGUGAGCUACAUGAAGGGAAAGAAUUUAUUUAUUGUAAAAUUCGAAUGCUCCGAUAGUGCCCUCAGUGCCUACAAAUACUUACCUACUCAUUUUAAAAGUAUACAUUUGGAGCUACGGAACGAGUCCAGAAAAAUAAGUUAUUUUAAUGAAAAGGCUAACAGUAAUAAAUAUAUUUCUCCAAAUAUAUCGGAAAAAAAAUUCCUUUCUCUAAGUAUUGAAAAGAGAGAACAUAUAAUGAGUAUUAAGCAGAAAGAACUCCUUCGCAAAUGUAAGGAGAAACUAAACCAGUACAUUAAUAUGUUUAACAAUAAAAAUAUAACUGAGGGAACUAAGGAGAAACUCAAGUGUCUUAUUGAUCAUUUGAAGACAAGGAUAGAGGCACUGAACAAUGAGUGUUCUGGCGGAAAGCUUUUGGGGGGUAACUCUUCUAGUGGUACGCCAUUUAAUAAUUAUGACACGGGAGCUCUAGGGAUCGUCAGAGGGAGGGAGCUCUCAGGAGGAAGCCUAAAUAGGAAAAAUAACCCAAUCGGGGGAGGAGGAGGAGGAGGAGGAGGAGCCAAGUCCAUAAGAGGGAUUACAGGAUCGAUGGAUCCGAUGAACUCCUCAAGCACGACGAUAAAAAUUAACUACAUGAGUAACAUGAAAAACAACGAACAAUUAGGUAAUUAUAUUGCACAAAACAACUCCAUCUUCCUGAACGAGCAUAUUUGCUACUUUUCUUUGUUUUCCUUUGGAGAGAGAUACGCCAUCAUUAAAUAUAAUAACGAGAAUAUUGCCCGAAAUGUAUUUAAGAACUGCAAAAUGUAUAACAUAAAUGUGGAGUUCGUUCAGGAUGAUGCGGAUGGAUACAUGGCCAGUUAA